UAUCUUAUAUUUCGUGUACCUGUAGUAUACCAUUCCGUUAUACAGAGUUCUACAGAUGAACCUCCACAUCCUCGUAUUUGUGUCUCUUGGGGUGAGGACCGUGCAGUCCCUCCCGUCCACGAUGGACCCAUCUUUUCAGCUGAGCCUGGAUGGGUUCAUGCUGUUCCUUAAAGAGUUGCCUGUCCUUCGUCAACGUCUGGAAGUGGUGAAGCAAACGGGAAGGUCUCUGUCGUCACGAGUCGUGCAACUCGAGGCCGCCUUCUUGGACGUCAAUUCAUCCGUCGUGACUCCCCGGGAAAGCAUUGUGUUGAUCACACAGAGAACUCGCCACCUGGAUGUACGAGUAAAGAACAUCACCGGUGUCAUCAGUUCAACAAAGCAACGGCUGCAGAGGCUGCAGGGGUACACAGAUACUACAACAGAAACAAGGGUGAACUUGACAGCUCUGGCAGAUGAUUGUGACAAAGGCCUCUCUGUCACACAUGACGUCAUACACAAUCUAACGUCAUCUCUCGACGACAUGUACAACACCACCAACAAUCUGAUGUCGGGGAGGGACGCCCUUCUGAAGACGUUUCAAGGGCUGGCACAGAAAGCGGAGAAGAUAGAGCUAAUGGGGUGUGAUUCUGGGUUUGGUGAUGUCCAUGGCGGGUUGCCCCAGACGUCUGCACUACGUUAUUCUCACCCCUUCUACGACGUCCCCAGCAUCAUGUACAGCCUCACACACAUGGACAUCAUCCACAGCAGCAGUUGGAACUACAACGUUAACGUCACCGUAACGAACGUCACAAAGUCCGGGAUGACCGUUACGGUACAGAAAGGCAGCCACACACAACUCCGCGAUUCCGAAUACAACUGGAUGACCUGCUACGCCUGACUGUUAACUAAAUCAGAAUAAACGCUACAUAAUCUGCUAUCAGAUUAACUUCAAAACAAUAAAUAUAUUUAGACGUA